AUGGGCUGCCAUUUCGCAAAGCCAAAACCCCCGGAAUUCAAAGUCCUCUUGCCGGAGCACACUAGCCCUACAGAACCAAUAUCGCCAGGACUAUCCAUUUAUUCUACCAGCGACAGCGGGUCGAUUUCGGGGGGCGAGAAGCACCGUGUUCCCAAGAAACACGAGUUAGAGUUGAUCGACCUCAACGAGUACUGCCUCGACAGGAUACGGAAACAGUAUGGAGUAUCCCAGACCGUCUCCCGUGUCUACUCGUGUUCCAUAGAAGGGUCACCCAUGGGCCCUCGCCCAAGGACGCAGAGCAAUAGGGGCUCCAUGACGCCUCCCCAGAGCGCCAAAGAGCAGUUGGCCGCGUAUCGGUACCUUCCCGGCGCGGCGAGGUCCCGCCGAACCCUCUCCAACCCCCUAGUCGCCGCCUAUUUGGAGGACAAGAAAAAGCGUCUCCCCAGCUACCCAUCGUAUGGCCAGCCGUCCGAGUCUGAAGGCCACAUCGACCACAUCGACCACAUCGAGGAUAGCGAGGCUUACAACUACCACCAUCCCACGGCCGCGAUGCCAGCACAUCUCAGACAAUCCGUCUCCUACUUGCGCGGUACCUAUUUCGACCCUAGCGGCCCCAUUGACGAAGACGCGUCCUGUUUGAGCAGCACGUAUUCGGGUUCGUCCACCAAGGUCGAGAAGGAGAAGGGCGAGAUCAUCCAGAUUUACCUUGGCACUUGA